AUCGACUACUCUGGGGGGUGAGCAGUUUUUAAUUUAAAGAACAGGGAAGGAAGAAAGGAAGGAGGAGAUAUAUAUAUACAUAUACUACAUAAAGUCAAUCGCAAUCUUCCCGCUUUCUCUCUUAUCCUUUGCGAUUCCGGUUGAGUUUUCGGGGUUCGAUUCUCGUCGGUCGUUCGGAGGUAACACUUUCUUUUUCUUUCUCGCUCGCUCGCUCGCCCGGUCGGAAUUAUUAGGGCUCAGGGAUCGUGGAAAUUAGGGGUUUGUUUGAUUCAUUAUUGAUUCGGAUUGGGAUUGGGAUUUCGACAAGGUUUUUAUUUUAGGAGAGAUGAUAAUCAAGCGUAACUUCAAAUCGGUAAUGCCGACUCUCAAGCGGUGCCGAGUUGGUGACUCUGGUAUUGAGGAAGAUGAAGAAUCUGGUAAUAAUAGGAAGAGACGCAAACUUAGUCAAUAUUAUCCUCUUCAUCUUCUCGGGGAAGUCGCUGCCGGUAUAAUCAUUCACCGGUUAUCUACCUCUCAACGGAGAAACACCUCCGUCGCGGAAUGGUGUUUCGAACCGGAGAGUCCAGGGGAGGAGAAGAAGCCUAAACUCAUUAGUAGUAGUAGUGCAGUAGUGAGCUUUAGAGAGAGAAAUGAUACGGCAGCAGUGGAGGCUUCACGUCCUGCAUUGGUCAGGACUUCGAGAGGGAGAGUUCAGGUGUUGCCGUCUAGGUUUAAUGAUUCGGUUAUUGAUAAUUGGAAGAAGGAAAGGGGUAAAAGUGGUGGUGGUGGUGGUGAUAAGGGUUCGAAUUUGGAUCCUGAGUUUACUCCCAACAAAGAGAAAUUCAACUUGAAGAACCCUAAGAUCCGAGGACAUGUUGUUAGUAAGGAACGUACCGGGGAGGACAGAGUGCCCUACCAAUGUCCAAAAGUCCCACACUUUACUGAGGAAGGAGAAGACAAGGCGUUUUCAUGGUCGAAGAACUUCAGUUACAGGAAAGAUCUGCAUUUUACUUCCCGUAGUUCACUUAAUCCAUGCCGGAAGCAAUCGAUUAAGACAGAGAGUUUACCCCAUGGAGAAUUCGAAAACCCUAGAGAAUUGACUUAUACCGAUGGAUCACUACAGGACACAGAGAGGAAAAAAGGGUUUUAUGGGCCUGAGGAUUUUGUUUCGGGAGAUAUAGUUUGGGCAAUGUCCGGGAAGAAUUAUCCUGCUUGGCCAGCUGUUGUUCUUGAUCCACAAACAGAAGCUCCACAUCAGGUCUUAACCUUCCAGGUUGUUAAGGCAGCAUGUGUGAUGUUUUUCGGCUAUUCGGGAAAUGGAACACAACGGGAUUAUGCUUGGGUCAAACGUGGAAUGGUAUUUCCAUUCCUUGAUUAUGUAGACAGAUUCCAGGGACAGACUGACUUGAAUGAUAGCAAGCCCAGUGAUUUACGGUCUGCAAUUGACGAGGCCUUUUUGGCCGAACAAGGCUUUAAUGAGAUGUUGAUGGUGGAGAUUAAUGCAGCUGCUGGAAAUUUGGACUAUCUAAAUUCUCUACGAGAUAGGGUUCAGGAAGAUAGUGCUUCAGAUCAGGAUAAUGAAUCUGAAACUCAGAAGCAGACAACUAAGAAAUGUGACAGCUGCGGAUCAAGUCUUUUCGAUAAAUAUCCUUGUAAAUCGAAGGAUUUAACUCCAGGAGGCCGACUGUGCGAGUCCUGUGCAAGGUUGAAAAAAUUAAAGCAUUCUUGUAGUGUAUGUAAGAAGAUCCGGCAUAAUUCGGACAGUAGUAGCUGGGUACGAUGCCAUGGUUGUAAAGGUUGGUUACAUGUUGCAUGUGAUAAAAUUCAUAGCAGCUUUCUGAAGGAUCAUGUUUCCUCGGAUUACAAUUGCCCGGAGUGCAGGGCAAGGUCCAAUUUUGAGUUGUCAGACUCAGAUUUGCAGUCUAAAGUCAAAAACAAUAAGAACACACUUCCUGACAAUGUUACUGUUGUAUGCUCUGGUGUGGAAGGCACAUAUUUUCCAAGUCUUCACUUGGUGGUGUGUAAUUGUGGGUUAUGUGGCUCAGAAAAACAGAGCCUUAGCGAAUGGGAGCGACAUACAGGCUCCAAAGCCAAAAAUUGGAAGACUAGCGUGCGAGUUAAAGGUUCCAUGCUAGCACUGGAGCAAUGGAUGCUACAAAUCGCAGAGUUUCAUUCACGUAGUAUUGUUUCAGCAAAAACUAAGAAACGACCUUCAUCAAAGCUCCUAAAGCAUAAGCUUCUAUCAUUUUUACAAGAGAAAUACGAGCCUGUUUACGCAAAGUGGACAACAGAACGAUGUGCUGUCUGUAGAUGGGUUGAAGAUUGGGAGUACAACAAAAUUAUUAUAUGCAUAAGAUGCCAAAUAGCUGUACACCAAGAAUGUUAUGGUGCAAGGAAUGUGAAAGAUUUCACUUCAUGGGUUUGCCGAGCUUGUGAGACACCAGAUAUGAAGCGCGAGUGUUGCCUCUGUCCUGUGAAAGGAGGUGCUAUGAAACCUACUGAUGUCGGAGAAUUAUGGGUUCAUGUUACUUGUGCUUGGUUUCGACCUGAAGUUGCUUUUUCCAAUGAUGAAAAGAUGGAACCUGCAGUUGGAAUUUUAAGAAUUCCAUCAAGUUUCUUUGUAAAGAUCUGCGUUGUUUGUAAACAAAUUCAUGGUUCCUGCACACAGUGCUGUAAGUGUUCCACCCAUUUCCAUGCCAUGUGUGCAUCAAGAGCUGGAUAUCGUAUGGAGCUGCACUGCUUUGAGAAAAAUGGAAAGCAAAUCACUAAAAUGGUUUCAUAUUGCGCCUAUCACAGGGCACCAAACCCAGACAAUGUUCUAAUUGUACAGACUCCUCUAGGGGUUUUCUCCACCAAAAAUCUGCUCCAAGAGCAGAAACGCACAGGUUCAAGGUUGAUUGCCAAUAGGUUGAAACUUCAAGAGGCUCCUUCAACUGUGGAGACUACUGAGAUUGAUCCAUUUUCUGCAGCGAGAUGUCGAAUUUUUAGAAGAACCAAUAAUAAGAGGACAGAAGAAGUGGGGGCCAUUAUUCACUGGAUAAGGAGACCUUGUCAUCAUUCAUUGAAUGUGAUGCUGAGACUGAACAGUUUUAGAAAAAUUGAAGAACCAAAAGCUUUUACCACUUUCAGAGAACGGCUGCAUCACUUGCAAAAAACUGAAAAUGAUCGAGUAUGCUUUGGGAGGUCAGGAAUCCACAGAUGGGGUCUAUUUGCACGUAGGAACAUUCAAGAAGGAGAAAUGGUUCUUGAAUAUCGUGGUGAACAGGUUAGACGCAGUGUUGCAGAUCUGAGGGAAGGAAUGUACCGUAGACAAGGAAAAGAUUGCUAUCUAUUCAAGAUAAGUGAAGAAGUUGUGGUGGAUGCUACAGACAAAGGGAAUAUUGCUCGUUUGAUCAACCAUUCAUGCAUGCCCAACUGCUAUGCUAGAAUUAUGAGUGUGGGUCAAGAUGAGAGCAGGAUUGUGCUGAUUGCCAAGACUAAUGUGUCUGCUGGGGAUGAAUUGACGUAUGACUACUUAUUUGAUCCGGAUGAGUGUGAUGAAUUUAAAGUGCCUUGUUUGUGUAAAGCUCCAACAUGCAGGAAGUUCAUGAACUAGAAGAAAAAGAGAAGAAACCAAAAUAGAAAAAAAAGAAACAAACAAACAAACAAACAAACAAACCACCACCAUUAUUUAUUUCUCUCCCCAAGGAGCUCUAACCACCACUCAACCUUAAUACGGAAACCCCCUUCUUCUUCUUCUUCUUCUCUCACCCUUGGCCAGAUUGGUUUUUUGUAAUUUUGUUUUUUUAUACUAAAAGAUAUCUGUCCUUUUUGGUUGUUGGAAGCAUCAUCAUUCUUGUGUAAAUUAGUAGUAGUCUUUUAUGUUAUUUUACUUGCUUUGACUCUCAGUUUCUCUUCAGCAAGAGAUAUAUAUAGAAAGAAUUCUUCAUACUUUUAAG